CUAUGACAGCUUUGACUACUACCAGUUUCCACAUGACUCAAAUCUGACCAUCUCCAUUCCACUAGAUGUGCUGGUUAAGUGGACAGAAGAUCAGCAUAAACUGCCACCUGUCCUCUACCUCCAUUUUUACAACUGUGUCAGAGAAAAUAAGAACCAGUUCAUGUUCACCUUGCUAGCCAUUUUUGUCCAUCUUAAGGUUUUCAAAAAGGUAUGAUAAAGCCUGCUAGUAGGCUAUGAUGGUGUCCUGCGAGAGCUGCGCUUGGUCGGUCCCGCUACAACUGUUUAUAAUUGUAAGGCGCGCGGGUUCCCUGUGGGCCCUACACACAAUGCCCGGAGGCGCAAAGUUAGUAAAAGAGUUCUUAGAGAGAAGCCACGUUUGGUUGACUCUUUGUUUGGUGUCUGGUAUUAUUAAAAAUAAAUAUCGUAUUUUUAAACGUGUAGAGGGAACAUUGGUCCGCCGAGCCGGAUGAGUAUCCCAGCGAUCUCACCACUACACGAUUCCUUCUCUGAAGGAAUCUGUGGGCAAUAUUGGGUACCAUUUUCCUUCAUCAACCCCUUUAAAUGUCCAGGGUGUCCAAACUCCUAACAGUGCAAGUCAUACUAGAACCAUAAAUGGAGAGUAUGUUGACACGUUUAUUACAAGGCUUGUUGAUGGUAAGGAGACCAUCGUUGAACAAUCCAUUGGUAAUGUUGUUACCAGUUUUGCUAUCUUGCGCAAUCAGGAACAGCAGCGCUUACCCCCACUUGAGUUUAACAGGUUCUCAGGACAAGCCGAAAGACUGGCCCGCAUUUAUUGAGCGAUUUAGGGAUCUGGUACAUAUUAAAACAACCCUCACAGAUUCCGAUAGAAUGGCUUAUUUAUACCAGAAUUUGGAUGGGGAGGCCAAGAGGGCUGUUGAGAGUUUGGGAGUAACUAUGUUAGUGCACUCAAUAUGUUAAAACAACAGUUUGGCAACAAUCACUGAGUUGUAGCUGCCUAUCUCAAGAGCAUGGUUGACGGGCCGGACGUUGUUCAGGGUGAUAGACAGUCCCUCAGGUAAUUCCACUACAAGGUCAAGGCCUGCGUGCAAUGGUUUGCAAAACUGGGCCAGGCAGCCAUUUUACAGAAUCCUGAGUAUCUAGGCAGAGCUGCUAUGAAGCUUCCGGACGGCAUGCGCAUGAGAUGGUACGAACAUCUGCAAGGUGACUAUGAUGGCUUGUCCCUCCUGGACUUUGAGAGAUGGUUGCAGAGAAGAGUUGAUCCAUAAACAUGGUGGCCUUAGCGUGAAGACGCGUUUUUGUAGGGCUGUCCGUCAACUCAUGCCUUUCGCGAAGGAGCGCUAGAAUAGUUUGCAUACAGAAGUGUUUUAAUGAACAAGCGUAAGGAACGAGGAUCCAGUAGCUCUAGCGCCUCAACGGUAUUGCCCCAGCCAAAAAAGUUUAUGGAAGUAUUUGAGAAGGAAACAAUGGCGGAGAACGGGGAAGUUAGCAAGUCUACUGAAAAGCAGCCAGUGACGCUUGAGUCAAUCUGGUUAGUCCUUUUAGAAGUUCAAGCAAACACCCAAGGUUUAAAGGAAGAGCAAAUAAAGGAUUUGGAGAAGAAGAGUGUGGCGCUAGACACGAGGGUUUCCACUCUCGGGAAACUUGUUGUCCGAGUUGAGGAAAACGCGGCGAAAGAAGAAUACAUAGAAAAGUUGGAGGUUAAGCUAGAUUCAUUGAAACAAUAUACCAGGAAGAACUCGAUAGAAAUAGCGGGGGUGCCGAGCGGCACUUUUUCAUGCGAGGAAGUCGUAAUAAAUAUGGCAAGAAUGUUGAAGGUGGAUAUCAAGACGGAGGAUAUUGAAAUUUCACACCGGCUAAAGAAAAGGAAGCAAGAAGAGUUCAGUCCUAUUAUCGCUAAGUUUAUUUGUCACAAGAAAAAAGCGGCGUUCUUAAAAGCUAGGAAAGGCCUUAAAGAUGUGCGGUACUGGGAUUUGGAUGUCGUCGGGCUGAAGAAACCAGCGUGCAUUGAUGCGAAGCUUUAUGGGCGCAUAUUUAUAAAUAAAAAUCUAACGCCAGCUAGCAGAAGGAUCUUGGGGAGAGCAUUGGCUAUGAGGAAGAAGAAGAUGCUGUUCAGUGCUUGGUCGAUAGACGGGAAGAUUUUCAUCAAGAGGUCAGAAAACUGGAUGGUUGAAAAAGUCGAGUCUCUGAAAGCCCUGGACGCAGCUUGAGAACGGUACAAAAUGCAUAAUUACUGUAAGUAAUUAUUUUGUUGUUAAGUCGUAAGGAACUGUAGGACUAUUUAUCUUUCUGUUCCUCAUUAACGGAAAAGUUUGAAAAUGGGUCAGGGACGCUUGAAGGAAAGUUUUAGGGCAGUUUUAAGGACGGUGCAAAAUGUAUGAUUACUGUAAUUAAUUUUGCUUUGCUCAGUCAAGCUGAAAGGAACAGCCAAAGACUAGCUAUUCCUUUG